AUGGUGAACCCAACACCUUUUGCUCCAGACACUAUCACGUCACUGGAUAGCUGGGUAUAUCUCGCUGAUUGGAUUUUGGCAGUGGUACUAGGCAUUGCCUUUGUCUUCUACUUCCCGCGUCUAGUGGGUUUUUUGAUUUCAUUGGUGCUUCGGUUUUCGCUUUGGAAACACUAUAAACUUCAUCUUUCCUUUCAUGCCUUUCGAAUUUCGCCUUUGGGCGGCAGGAUCACGGCCACCAAUAUCGUCUUGUCAAACUCAGACUAUACCGUCUCGAUUCUACGAUUGAACUUGACGUGGAGAUACUGGCUCCUUUCUAUGGCAAGAAUCUCGGAUCUAUUAAUUCCAUCUAUGACUCAAGUCGAAGAGACAUCCGGCCUAAAUCCUGAGCUGAACAAGAAACUCUUGACGGGCAUCGAAGCGGAAAUUGAUGGCCUCGAAAUAUUUGUAUACAAUCGAAAAUUCGCAUAUGAAAACAUCAUGUCAAACUUAGAGCGACUAGCAAGAGAGCUGGACACAGAGUUGAACUCAGAUGCCUCAGAGAAGUUCUCUAAUCUUUGUGCAGAAAGUCUAUCGGCUGCUAAGACAAAAGAUGAACAGGCGCAGCAAAAUAGCACACACUCAAUAUUACACUCAUUACCAAUCGGCUUCAAAAUCAAGAAAGGUGCACUUGUCCUUGGUAAUCACACCACACCACACAUAUUGGUAGCCUCGUUCAACUCAGCUCAAGCCUCAAUUGACCUUGCUAAAACUCCCAAUCCAAAUGAUAAGUAUCGUCUCCUAUUUGAUGCGGACAUGGAACGAUUUCAAGUCUCUAUGAAGCCUAACAUUACUUACAACCCAGAGAGGUACAUUGACCCUAAACAUGUCUCAAAGCUAGCUAGCGCGGAGACUACCAAACAUUCAGUGGAUCUUUUUCGUAAAGCACGGAACAUCUUGUCGAGAGUUUUGCUCAGGAAGCACAGAGAGGCUGAAAAGAUCCUGCAAGAAUGGCGUGGAUUGCGCCGUUACGUGGGGGAUUUCAAAGGAGACCCAGUUAUUGAAAUCGAUAAUAUUGAAGAAUAUGCGAAGUUCAGCCUUUUGCUUGACUCUGCUUCCACCAAGUUGCUGUAUUAUUUCGAUGUGCCUGGUUCUAAUCCGGUCUCGGGUGCAUUGUCCGAGACAGCUCCCUUUCCAGAAUUCGGCGUGGUUUUGGAAUUGACCACUGCUAACAUAAAUUACGGUUCCUGGACUGAUAGACAAAGAGGUGCCAUUCAAGCACUUUUAUUCCCCCCAUUUGCUCGGGAUAGCGAGCCAAGUUUAUUUACAAAUGGACCCGGCGUCCAGAGAAGAUACGCAGGAUUUAAUUUACUUAUCAGAUCCACUGACGAACUUGUUCUUAGGAUUCCAACCCGAGAAUUUAGCAAGGACAGAGAGGAGCUUUUGGCCCAAACAGGCACCAAUGGUCCCAAAGCAACCCGUCCGUUCGGAUGGGUUGAGAUCACAUCAGGGGCUCUGACAGAGAUCUCUCUAUUUACAUCCUAUUUAUCGGAUAAAAAUGGUUUCGCAAACAAAUUGACCGUGAGUAUGCCCGAAGUUGAAGUCAGGACGAGUGUUACUCAUGAUAUUCUCUUCACAGCUGACAACCACACAAUUGAUUGCGAUAUCGGUUUUCCUCUUCAAUGGAAUGCCAAAUGUUUCUGGAAUUUCACGAUGAAUUCAAAAAAUGGUAUCAUCUUCUUUCUUGGCGAGCACAUCACGUUCUUUAAUGACAUCGUAUCUGAUUUCUCUUCAGGACCUCCAACAAAGCAUGAGUUUUUCCGAGCAUUUGUCUACGACAUAAGAUGGCAGAUUUCUAAUUACCGCAUUUAUCUCAAUGCAAAUGAUGGAAAUGUUAUUGAUGAUUCACUUGAUUUCGGCACUAAUACCUACUUAUGCCUUCAAGGCCCCUUAGUUGAAGUGGCAGCCUCAAUACCCGCCAAUGGAUCAUUUGCAAAAUACUCAAAAAUAGACUUUUCCGUCUCGACACCAAAUCUCAACAUUUACUUGGACGUACCUACUUCUCACACUAUCGGCUCUUUCAUGAAAGGCGACAAGCGCAUGGGUAGCACGGGUCACGUCGGUAUUACUGGAUACUAUAAAGCAUACAGUAAUAUUGAAGUGAACCAUAACAAUUUAGCAUUUAUCGAAGCCACUGCUGACGAAGUUUCCGUUUUGUUCUACGGAUAUUUGGCGAGAUAUUUCUUCGCAAUAAAGGAAAACUACUUUGGCGAGUAUAGAGUUUUCCAGUCUUGUGAUGAAUAUUUGCAAACAAAUGCAAAAGAAGACGCACAGAGUGAAGCUGCUGAAGAGAAACAAGAGAAUCAUGACUACUGGAAUUAUUACAAAACAGAGAAUGAUCUCAAUGUGAUUUUUUCUUUCCUGGUAAACCAGGGGUUGUUGAUUUUUCCAUGCGAGUUGUACGACCAUUCUCACCAUAUCGGAGUGAGCUUUGCUACACUCGAUGUCGAAAUCCACCUAACAAACUACUACAUGGAUCUCCAAGUUGAUUUCAGUCCUGCUGAUUGCUAUUAUAUGAAAUCGGGUACUUUCACAUCUCCAGAAUUAGUUUUUGACAUGAGUGGCUACAAAAAGCUUGUCUCAUCAAGGUCACCAGAAAUUUUAAUUGACACAUUCAGUGUGCACACGCAUAGAAUGUUGGGUUUGGAUUCCAACACCUACCAAUGUAAGUGGGACUUCCUGGUUGGCGACAUACUAAUAAUGGGAGACCCCUUAUGCCUUACCGGCUUACAAGCAGGCUUGCAAGCUUUUGGCUUAGGUUUCAAAGAUUAUGAAAACACUCAUUUGUACGCGGUACCAAUCAUAUAUGAUGCCGCUAAUUUUUCGUUCAGAUGUCCUAGAAUUGAGGCCAAACUAGACACCGGCGUGGGUGAUCUAUGGUGCAAAUUGACUCUAACUGAUAUUCUAUUAUCAUUCAAUGAUAUCGCCAACUUACGUUAUUCCGAUCGUAUAACAGUCCUAUUGCCCAGCAUAAUUGCCGAGAUAAUCGACUCCCGCGACGACUCGAAGUUUAUGUUCGUCCAAACUAGCUUGGUGUUCAACAAUAUUUGUCAAAAGGCAACUAUGCUUGAGCACAGAAUUUCACAACAGAAUCAUGUGCGUCGUAAUGAUGCGCCAACACACCGUGCUCCAUUCAUUGUCUUUGAAGAAAACAGAGAUACUGUGUACAAUGAGGCUUCUGGUUCCCGGUUCUCUACUGUUUCGCUUCCAACUGCUUCUAAGCCCCUUCAGUGCGGCGAAGGUCAGGUCGAUGAAGAAGAAACCCGUGACACUUUGAGUGAAGACACCUCUAGCUCCAGCUAUGAUGAGUAUAUGGAGCCGACAACAAACUACAUUGACGAAGAAUUCACUCCACAAACACCACCUGUUCCAGGUCAAAAAACUGAUGCGUUGAUUCUUGAAUUUGCAGAGAUCUGUGGUGUAAUCCACACACGCGGCCUCGAAGCAAUUUCAAACUUACUCACAAAAUCUCAGAACAUGGACCUUCAUUUUCUCAUGGACAGAUUACAAUGUCAGACUGUUAGCGAUAUCAUUAGACUCAUCAGACUGAUGUCCGUGGUAACCAAUGUCCGGUUUGUAUGCCCCAACAUCGAUGUAAAAUUGACAUGUGCAGAUCUGAGUGAUUUAGAGCAAAUUAUGAGAUCAGAAUCCUCGAAUCCUGUUCUUACUUUGAGCGUUUCAAAUCCAUCAUUGGUUGCCACAGAUUCUUUGGCUCGUGUCCGGAGUGACUACAAUGUUGUGAAAGAAGUCUCCAGUGCGCUUGCAGUCCAUGUCGAAGAGAUCAGUGUUGUACUCUUUGCCCGGCGGGAUUCUGCAAAUGCCUUUUCAAUAACUUUAAAAGAAUUCGAAGCCUGGCUCAAUAAUACUAUUGAACAAGGCGUUGUGUGUUCUACUUCAUUGCAAGAGACAGAAGUUCACGUUCAAAAAGAUGACCUCGAUUGGAUCAUUGGCUUCAUUGAGAAUUUUCACGGGAAGUUGCAACCAGCAAUCAAGAACUUCAAACAAUUCUCCGAAACAUCUGAAUCGUGGAAAAAACAGUUAGCAGUCCUUCUUAGUCCAACUGGUGGGGUUCUAGAGCAACAAACUGAUCCCAAGGUAAUCACAAAGCCUUCGAGAUUGCAUCGGUCAGUGAUUGAUCAUGUUAGAUUUUUUGACAGCUGGAAAGUCAUAUCUAAGUUCAGAAGCUUGUUAAAUGACUUAAACUCCUUUGAUGCUGCUAAUGUUCAAUUCAUAAAUAGGGAUUGGGAUCUUCCUCCUGACGCUCUUGUCUCUGUCAUUAAUAGCUAUAAAGGCUGGAGAGCCUGGGAAGGAAACCAAGAUGAGAGACGAGCAUUCUUCGAAUCUUUGUUUUCGAAGCCUCCAGCCACUAAUUCACCCAUGAAAGCAUCAUUAAAGCUUGCUUCUCUUGGCUUGAGCUUUUUAGAUCAGGAUGACUGUAAGGAUUUUUUGUCGAUUCGUGAGUUUAAUGUCACAUGGAUGAAAAGCUGGCAAAGUGCAACAGCUUCUGACGAUCACAAACAGUCAAUGUCUCAGAUAUCACCUGUGAACGAUCUCUCAUUCAAUGUUAAUGACUGCGAUCUUUCGGUGUCUCCACGAAUUAUUUGUGUAGUGGAGAAAAUCAGCCAGGUACUUGAUAAUACUGGAGACAAUGAAACCAAAGCAAAUGCUGAAAAUGGAAAGUUGUCAGCUAUUCUAAAUAUCGAGUCAUUCCAAUUUCACUUGGCGCUUUUUCAUACCACUAUCAACUACUUCAUGAGCGAGACAUCCGUGUUGUUCCUGUCCUGUCAAACGAUAGACAGAAAUGAAUUGACCGCAUCAUUGACCUCCGGCCAAAGUAAUCUUUCAUUAGGAAGAAGCGAACAGGACUUCGUCUCAAUACACCAGAAAGGUCUCAGUAUGGUGCUUGCAGGAUCUCUCAAUGUCAUUCCAAUCUUAGCCAUUAAACUAGACACCAAAGAGUUCAGCAUAGAAGUAAGAGAUUAUGAGAGACUGUUUAAUCAUUAUUUGAGGAGUUUGGCUGAGGACAUAGAAUGCGUCAAAGGUCUCAAUUUAUUCUCGCACAAGGUAAAAGAAGGUCCAAGCAACUCUGCGUCUCCAGUGCCAGAAAUACUUCUUGAGAUUUCAACACAGAAGAUAUCCCUUUUCGCGGACUUUCUCCUGCCAGCAAAAAUUCAUUUGGUAUCACGAGAUGCGAAAUUGCAAGCAUCCAUUCGAAAUGAUCUUUUCGACAUACAAACAGGGUAUAAGAAUACUUCGCUCGAGAUUGUUGUAGCAGAUGAGCUUGUGGCCCGAAUGGAAAGCUCGAGAUUCGGUAGCUCCUCUGUUGUACAAAAAAUCAACGGUUUUUGGUUCGUCAAAUCGGAUGUUAAUCUUGGUUACUUCAAGAUCUCAAUGCAACAAUUCAUUGAUGUUUGCCGAGUGCUUCUUGAAAACAAGUCCAUGAUGGAGUUAGAACUCUACAAAUUGAAGGAUGCCGCAGAUGCCUUCUCUCAGACAUCAAAGAAUGAAAAAGUUUGUGAAACAGACGGGCACUCUGAAAAAGUUGUAUUCGAAUUGCAAAUAAAUCAAGAGUAUUGUGGCUUUUUGACUUACAUCAACUCGUGCAGAUACUCAGUGGAAAUCGAAGGAUUGGUACUGUCAUUCACUAAUGUGGGAGAAGAGUUAGGUAUCAUGGCUCCUAUAUGUGGUGAAGUCAUUUGCUCAGGAGCACGCUUUUCUGUUUUAGAUCCACUGUUUGCUGUUGGCCUUUCGACCGUUGUUGACGUUAAUUUGUCUGCCAAAUUGAUAAAUGACUCAAAAGAUGUGCUGGGCCCAGGUCCUUCACAAUCUAUUCAAAUUGUAUCGAAUCACUUCAGAGUAUGCUUGAGUCCCCCUGUGAUAUACAAAAUUCUUGAUUUCUCUGAAGGCUUGAAGCGGCUCAUGCCACAAUACGAAUCUCUAUUCAAAACCAAAACCAGCCCUAAAGGCGUGAAGGCUCACAGCCAAGCACCAUUGGAGAAUAGAGAACCUCUGAACCGCAAUAUUGAGAAUAAGUCCCAGUCAUUACCCUCAAUUUCAUCUAUACACGUUUUGUCUUACAAUUUUUGCAUCGGUUGGCUAUUCGGAAAAUCCUUCAAGGACUAUCCUGGCUUCAUUUGUGGAGCCGAGAGAUUGUUUGGUGUUACUAGAAGUGAAAUUGGAAAGUUGACUAUGAUGGGCGGUUAUUUUUCUGUGGCGAAUGGCUCGACUGCUAGCAGUUUUUUCAGCACGUCUUCCGAGAUGCAUGGGCUCAAUAGAGCGUUUAUGCCGAAGUUGCAAAUCAACUAUUUUGUCGAUGAAGUCCGAAAACUAUGGAUUAAUGUUAAAGGAGAUCAACUCGAUGCUAGAUUCAUGUCAAAUUCUAAGAUUGCAAUGGAGCGAACAAUGAAAUCAAUAACUGAGAUUCGAAACUUUAUGGAAAUUAAACACGAACAAGCUCACCAUCCUAUACUGGUGUCAACGACCGAUUCGAAAGCAAGUAUUGAAAAACCACGGUCUUUCAGACCUGACUAUUCUGGAGUGGAAGUUUCAAUAGGCUUUGCUGGAUCCAAGAUUUUCUUGUACAGACUCCAAGAAAAUGACUUGAACGAAACACCAUCGUCAUUGACAUUACAUUGUCCAGCUGUACUGUCAGUCAUUCUGUACGAAUUGCACAAGGAAAGACAGCGAAAGCAUUUGCUUCGAGUUGAAUUACUCAUCUCUCAAUCAGAUAAUACAUUGUAUCCAUCUUGUGUUCCUGUUAUGUCCGACUUUGCAAAAACCUUCAAAUCGUUGUUCCAAUCACCACAAACGGACAGAGCUUCCAGCGUUGUUGAAGUUAAAAGCGUGCCACAAAAGGACGAGACUGGACUCAAGGACUUCCAAAAAAUGCUUGUUGACUUCGAUUUUCAUAUCGGUGUUCGUAUUGAUCCUCAAAAGGUGUCUCUUAGCUGUGAACCGAUCGCAAAGGUCGCCGCAGUCGUUGAGUUUGAAGGCGCAUCGAUUGCAGUUUCUUCUGGAGUAUCGUUAGAUACGAUCAAUGCAAUCUGCAAAGCAAAUAGUAUAUCUGCAUCAUUGCAGCACAUUUAUUCAGAUGAUCGGAGUGGUAUCAUUGAGGUAAGAGACAUCUUAUUCUCCAAUGUACUUUCAUUAAAGCAUCCUGUGGAGAACAUUUCAUCUAUAGACAUAUCUGGAAUUCAUGGAUACGUUAAGAUGAAACAGUACCAGGACGUGGAUUUGUUUAGCGACAUCUGGUUUCCCUCCUCGAAUCUCGAUGAGAAUUCCGAUCUCGCUCCAAGGAAAGCCCCACAGCUAGCACAUAAUGCCGCCAAGUCCAAGCGUUCAGAGACUAUCACGACAAUCAUUGUUCAACUUGAUUUCAUAAUUUCUGAGGUGUCGAUUGAAGUCGAUUUCGGAUCGGCUCUAGGAGUCGUGAAACUUGGUAUAGACCGAGCUUGGGCAAUAUCUCAAAAGUCAAGCGCGUGGCAUUAUGCCUUGAAUUUAGGUUUGCAGACAUUAUCUCUUGAUGUCAGUGGACGUCUUGGUGGGUAUUUGAGAUUAAGAAAGCUCUUUUUGAACUCAUCCAUUCAAUGGAGACUUGGAGAGCUGCCAAUAUUGGAUGUGCCUCUAAUUCACAUGGCUGGUGGCUUUGGUCAAAUCUCUGUCAAGGCAAUUUUUGACGACCACGUCUUUGCAAUAGUAAGCUUGGCUAACUGGUUCUUUGAUGUCUACAAUCGUAAAAAUGGCAUUGACAUCUCUAAAGAUCAUCUUCAUGUCAGAUUGAAGUAUGAAUCUGUGGACGUGAGCUUGACUUCACUUUCGGCCUCUGACUUCUACGAUAUUUACAGCACCAUCAACAGAAUGAUUGAGGAGAAUAGAAGGUCAUACAAGGAAAUCUUGAAAGAUUCAAAUGAAGAUGAUGCCGUGAGCGCCAAGUUAGCACAAUUCGCUGUGAAUAAAAUGAAAAGACUAGAAACAGAAAUCGAGGUUGAGACUGGUCUAACGAGACUUCAAGUUUUCCCUCACUCUUUCGUUGACACUCGAGUCUUCGUCCUCGAAUGUGACUUGUCCAAAGCAAAUUUCUCCCAAAAUGAAUAUUCUCUUGGAGUAAUGAAUCAAAUUGAACUCCAAUUGAACAAUGUUAAUGCUUCAUUUUCAAGCAUAGCGGGGGCUAGUGAGGAAUUUGUGACCGAAUCCGAUGUUGAAGAGUUCGUCGCAUACAUUGGCAAAGCGAAAGGUGGUGAAAUCAUAAGUUUACCAAAAUUCAUGAUCUCAAUGAGGACAUACCAGAAGUUCGAGACAUCUAUCAUUGAGUACAUGUUUCAAUCGUCCUUUGGUGGAACAGUCAAUAUCAGAUGGAACCUUGGAUCAGUUAACUGCGUUAGAGAUAUGUAUGCAGCACACAAAAGAGCUCUUUUAUCGAGAACGGAGGCAAAUCACUUACGCCUCGAAUCAACGAGGACCGAUCCCGACAGAAGAAGAAGCUCUCUUGCCAUGAGUGCGUCUACAUCAAUGAAUUCAUUUUCUACAUUUGCUGAACCUCUCGAGCCAGGAGUGAUCCAUAAAGACUUCGAUCAAGAUAUUCAAGAUACGUUGGACAAGGUCUCUAACACUUCCAAAUUUACUUAUGUGGCGCUAGCACCACCGAUCAUCGAAGCGCCUAAAUUGAGGGAGCUUGGAAAUGCUACGCCACCCCUCGAAUGGUUCGGACUACACCGUAACAAGUUUCCAGAUGCUGUGCAUCAACUUGCGAUUGUGACAUUACAGAAGCUAAUCCGUGAGAUCGAACAGGAGUACUCAAAAACUCUCGGGAAAGCAUGA